CUCUUUCUUCACAGUACAAUAGCCAAUACAUCAACAAGUCGUACAUUGUGAAGCUAUCAGCAACAGAUACACAUAGUAUAACCAACCAUGGACGAAGAAAGUCUAAUAGCGACAAGAUCCCGUCGUGCCAAUGCUGGGUCUCGUUUAAAACAAUUGAUUGAACAAGAACAACAAGGGUUGGAAGAUACGUCCCAAUUCAUAACCGAAGAUGAUGACAAUGUUAAUUUGUUAUUCCAGGUAGAAGGUGAGGAUGAAGAGUUUAUAGAAGAACUGGAAGAAGAAGAAGAAGAGGAGGAGGAGGAAGAGGGUGACGACGGGGAAGAAGGUAAACAACAGGAAGAAGCAGACGAAGAAGAGGAAUCUGGUUCCAGAAAAAGGCGACAUCCUGAGGAAGACCAAGAUCAAGAUGAUGUGUUUUCCGAUUCAGAUUUAUCAGAAUCGGACUCUGAUCAAAGUGAAGGGGAGAAGGAAUUACAACGGCAAGAGAGAAUCAAGAAACGACAAUUGAAAAAGAAAAGGGCGAUUGUUCCUGAAAUAAAGACCGUCAAGACCCAAUCACCCAAGAAGAAACCAAAAAGAACCCCUCUAAUAACUUCUGAUUCGUUGCUUAUGUCCCAACGAAGAUCUUCUUCUCGUGCAGCUGCAGUAGAAAGCAAGCAUGCCUUGAUUGAAAAAUUAAAAGAAAGUGAAGAAAGACGAGCCAAGUACUUAUCCAGAACUGUCCAUAAAAAGAAAAGUCGAGAAUUGACCCAGCAAGAAAGAUUAGAUGAAGCAUUGGAAACAGAGAAGGCCAAUGUUGAAUCCUUAAUGAGGUUUAGAGAACAGGAAAUUGUCAAGAAAGAGAAACAACGUCAGUUGCUCUUGCUGAAACGAAUUAAAUUACAAAACAUUAUACGAUUAGUAAGUAAAGAAACAUUCAUAUACCCAAUUGAAGAAGUUAAACAGGCUAGAAAAGAGUAUGAGAGAAAUGUCAGAGGCAGAAGGAAAUUGGGAAAGAAAAAAAUGGCUCAAUUGGCUGAAGAAGGAGAAUUAUUAGUUUUACCUCCAUUUGAAAUUGAUCAGGAUUUACCCUUGGUGAAGCAAGAACGAGAGAAAAGGGAAGAAGAGGAAAGAAUACGGAAAGAACAAGAGGAGAAGGAACGAGAAGAGGAAGAGAAGAGAAAAGCUUUGGAAGGGGACACAGAAGAGGCCAAUAAUGGCCAGGAUGUUUCUAGUAAGGAAGAACCAAUUCCUAGUGAAAUGGAUGUAGAUCAUCCUGUGGAAAGUGAGGUAGUCGACGUAGAUGUGAAACCAGAACAAUCAGAAAAUGAAAUAGAUAAUAUGGAAGAGAAUGAGUCGGUUUCUACUGAAAUAAAGGUUGAAGAGGGACAAGAUGAUAUCAUCCCUGAACCUAUUUCUGAACAAGUUCAACAAGAAGAAUUCUCCCCUGACACUCAAAAUAAGGCCGAGGAAGAAAUCAAUACAGAGAAAGACACUAUUCAUGAAGAAGAACCUACAAACGAAGAUCAAGACAAGGAGAAAGAAAGUCCUAAACCUGAAACCGAUGAAACAAUCAAAGAUGAAGCCACCGCGGAAAUUAAGGAAGAAAAGCGAGUGAAAUUCGCUGAUGAAAUUGAACUUGAAAAGGAAGAAACACCUACUCCAACCCCAAUUGCCCUACAUACAUCCAACAAUGAAACUUUUGAGGGCCCACCACAGCGAGUAUGUCGUAACACCCUCUACUUCCUUGAUUUUAACGAAGAUAAACGAGAAUUACGAUUGAAUUUCCAAAACUUGAAAUCUAUUUUGUUUGGUAAACAAUCAUUAUUACCGGCAUCAAGAAGAUUUAAAGAAGUCAAGACAAUUUUACAUAUCGGAAAGGUUGAACCUUAUGCACAUGUCAAACAAGAAUCGGAUGAUUUGUUUGAACUGGUGGAUAAAUUAACCGAAGAGAACCCCAUAUUUGAUGAAUUAAAGAAAUUGCCUCGACUUGGUAUCAAGCAAGAUGUUGUUGAAACAAUUGAAGAAGAUGUCGAACAAGAAUCGGCCGAGAUCAACAUCACUACCGAGGCACCUACGGGUAUUUACUUGCCUAACGGUAAUAAAAAGACAUGUAUGAUCUCCGGUACUGAAGUCAAGUAUUUUGAUCCUUCGACAGGUAUACCUUAUAGUUCAGUUGAAACUUACAAACUAUUGAAAUUAAUUGAACAAGGACAAAUACCGUGGUUAAGUUUAACCCCCGAGACUAAUGAUACUGGAAUAGUUGAAAUUUACUUGGGUUCAAGAGAUGGUAGUACCAAGCACGCCGCUGGGGUACCUGAAGGAUUUGACGGAUAGAUAGUUAAAUAGUGGGUUUUUUUUUUUAUUAAACAGUCUAUAAACAGCAAUUAUCCCGAGGCAUGUUGGACGUCCUUUGCGUGAGCUUCAAGUAAGUCCGGUUGGAACUUGACCAACUUUGAAGUCAAGACAGGAAUGAAGAACUUCUUGAGUUCGUCUUUGUAAAAGGCAGUAUUGAUUUCAAAUUCAUACUCGUCUUCGUCCUGGUCAUGGACGAACUCGGGAAUGGUUAUAGUGGCAUGGACCUUCUUUGAAUCGUCUGCUUCUUUGUCUGCUUCUUCGUCUGCUUCUUCGUCUUUCUGUUCCUGUUUGACUUCACCAGUAACGGUUAAUUGAACCUUUAAAUCGUAAAUACACAAGACCUUUCCCUUUCUUUGAGUGACAUCACAAUCACCCGUGAUUGAGUCGAUAGCGGUGACUAUGAAUUUGUACUUUUCAUUUUCAAAACUGGUAUUUAUUAUGUUUUCAUUGAAGUAGUCCUUGGACCAAGGCAAACAGUUCUUGUCUAUCCAGUGCCUGUAGCGAGUUAGCAACGACUGAACGUAAAGACUUAUCCCUAGGAGCAUGUGCCAUAUACAUACCAGUUGUUUGGGUUAUGUACAACCAUGUUGUCUUACAGUCUGGG